UCAAGUACGAAAAGGAGCUAGAGACAUAUAUUGAGCGCAAACCAUUUGGCCUUGGAACGCCACUUCACCGAGCUGCAGAGUUUGGUAAGAAGGAUGUUGUUGAGUACUUGUUGAAGAAGGGCGCCGACUCCCUAAAGUUGGACAGCAAAGGUCGAACGCCACGUUUCUGGGCAGAAAAGGAGGGCUUCACGGACGUGGCUCGUGUUCUCGAGGAGGCAGAGCGUAAACAGGCAAACAUUGAUCCAAUGUAACUAAAUCUCCCGGGCGCUGAAACAAGACGUAAUAUGAAGAGCAAGAAUCAUCUGUCGAAGCAUUCCAACCCAUCUCUAAUGUUAAUUCGCUCGUGCACCUCAGCAUUAUGUCCUCUAGAGCCAGCCAAUACCAAGCGUGCCCUUUGUGGACUAUCAACUCCGUCGUCACUCAGGUUCCUACUAUCCAAAUCUCCGAUCCCUUCGUCGACGUUCCUCGUCCGCCACCGCAGCCGUCCGAUGACGCUAUCAUCCAGAACACGAUCAACAUCGGCACCAUGUUUGGCACAGAGAAAGAUCAAACCAAAUCAUUCCUCAAGGUCAACACCGCUACCAAUCUGCACGCUAGGUGCCUUCCAAACUCUACCGAGGUUUGGGUCCUCUGCCACUUUACACAGACUACGCAGCGCGACCCAAAUUAUAUGCUGUUCCCUUACGCUACCGGUGCUCUAUCCACUGCUGAAGUGCAGCAUUUCCAUCUCUACACCCUCACUUGGACCGUCUGGAACGUCUCUACCCAUCCCGCGCAUCAAAACGUUAUGGCCGAAAUCACAGUUCACACCUGGGCACCUAAUUUACAAGCCAUCACCUCCAACUUUACUCGUGGUGUUCCCUCCCAACUUAGUCAGCAGCAGCAAGAAAUCUGGUUUGGGAAUAUUGGCACAAAUGCCGAUGGAGACGACGUGGAGGGCAUGGAGUGAACGGAGUCCAAUGCGGUGACGCUGAUGAUAUGUAACAAGGGCAUCUUGAACUUGUUUGUGCAGUGGGUACUAUUCAUAAAUACUACGUCAGCAGAAGAUUUAAUAACAUAGAGUUGGUAUGUACCAAGAAAAAAAAUAGCCGUCCGAACUGAUUAGAAUUAAUCUAAGAAUUAUUCUUGUGUAUUACUCAAAUUUAAAGAAGCGCUAUGAA